CCUUAUCAACUUAUAUCCUUAUCAUCAACUGUAGAGCAACUGCAGAGAAUACUCAAAGUGAGUACUGCAAUAUUAUUAGUAGUGCUGACUCUCUUCACGCGCGGAGAUGGAACUUGGCCAUUCCAACGCAGAUGAUGAUGCCAUACCAGAUUUUGUACAAUCUUGGCAUCCAUCAGUCCGUCGUCCUAUUACUUCCCCCAAUCCGGCGAUCUACCAUGAAGCCAUUCAUCCUCGCGCUAUUUUUGAGCUUCGUGAAACCCCCUCCAGCGAAUAUUUCUUUGUUGUUCCCUAUUCCUGCACCCAUUGUUGUUCGUCAAAGCAGGCCUGUUCCCGUCUCCGGCCAUGCGAUCGGUGCACCAAGGUUGGGAAGCCUUGUACUGCUUAUCCACCAGGCUAUCAGAAGCUUCCCCCGCCCAAGGGGACCAAGCCUAGAAACCGUGCAUCAAUACCUUCAUCAAUAUCUGGAAUGUCUCGGGCUCCGUCGGUACAGUCACCCUCCGAAAUGGCAGCAGCCUCGAGAGCCGACCAAUCCAUCACAACUUCUUCAAAUCCCCCUUCACCCAAGAAACAGAAAUUGACCCAUUCGAGUUCUCCAAGUCCUCCAAAAAAACCUUCCAAACGCAGGGGAAAUAAUAAGAAAGUCGAUGCUAACCCCCCUCAGAACGUACCACUCAAAGAAUCAAUCGAUCCGGAAGCUAGUAAUGGCGAUGCUUCAACCUCUACAGCGCCGGUUUGGACUUUUAUGAGGCCUGCAAAGGCUAAACGUGCGGCUGACAGCUCUGUAGCUAUCCCUGCAGUCAAUGCCCCUCCUCAUACGCCUCGAGUCUGGGCAAAUUCUCGCGCAGAAAUUGCUUCAAUAUUCCCUGAACUCACGAAGUCUGUUACGGGAAUCUUAUGGCGGCAGUUCGAAAUGCCUGCAUUGUUCCUAGAGCAUCCCCGCCCCGACGAUGCCUGGAAAGGCCAAAAUACUCUAGAAAUUACUUUGGAGUGGGGCUAUAAAUGCGGUCCCGAACUACUAGUAUGUAGCGAACCGCAUGACAUCGCGGAUGACAAGAGGCUCUCCGAUAACAAUCAUGCAACACAGGUGGAAUGCGAGUCUGUUAAGCAUUCGAUGCCUUCCUUCACACCCAUCAAGCGCGACUAUCUCCAGUUCGAUUUCUCAUCGUUCGCUCCACCGAUAGCUGUGGGGUCUGAAGCGUUGCCGUCCAAUAUUACGACUGCGUCGCAGUUGUCCAUGUUAGCACCAGCACCGUUACCAGAUUCACCACCGUCCCCAGUAUUAUCUCCGUCUCUGGUUCCACAACCAGAUUCGCCGGCGAUGUCUCCCUCGGCAGCCCCAAAAAUACAACCCCAAGUGCCUGCACAAAAGCCGUCUGAGAUCGAGACCCUAGUUCAGUGUCACAUGCACAAAGUCCCCUUACUUGUCUUCGUAUCUCGAGAAAGCGGGCUCUUACCGCGGCAACUCCCUCCCGAGUACGCAUACUCUUGCCUGGGUUUAUUUUUCAUAUCUGACAUGAACGCAGAUAUAAACAACACAGUAAUAGCUAUUUCUAAAACCCAGAAGUGCGGACGCGUACGAUGGCGUCUUACCUUGGAAUGGGCUCCGGGUGGUGAAGAUGGGUUGUUGGAACAUUCAAAUGAGAAGCCGCACCCGUGGUGGAUUGACCCUGUCGACUAUCCUGUCGAAAAGGACACCGGCUCAGUGAAGAUACCAUAUCGUCCGAGGGACCUGAGCGAGCAGUAUUUCAGCUUUCUGCCUUUGGACCUCCUGGCGGACUUCAAACCCAAUGAAUUUUUUCCAAGAGGUUGGUACUGCAGGGAGUGUGGAAUGCUCAAUGCGCAGAGGUGUUUUAGACACCAGAUCUGCGAGAGUUCCGGGUGCAAGCGUAAAAUGGAGGGGGGGAAAGCAAAAGCUAAUAAUAAUUGCUUUAUUUGUCACGUCGAUCCGUUGCAAGCACUUCGAGAGCUGCACCAUCUUCUGCCCAUAGGUGAUCCUCUUGAUGAUGCACCUUCGUCAAUUGGCAAAAUCGAUUCUUCGUGGGACGACCGGAUGCGGACUUUGACAUAUCAAGUCAACAGUGGUGCGAGAGUACAACAUAUCUUCACCGGUAACCAAGAGAUAUUGCAACAGGAUGCAACAAAAUUGCUCCUCGACAUACAGAAAGAUGUUAUUCUUUCUCGCAGUGACCUACAUAGCCCUUAUUUCACCUGGUCCAUGAACCUUGACCCCGCACAUAAAUAUACUGAGGAUCCAGCAGGACAACCCGAAAUACCUAUGCCUAUCUUCGACAUCCAUGAUGUCUUGCUUCACUAUAUGCAAGCGUACGGCGAAAUCAACGAUGCCAACAUCAACCGCAUCCUGAUUCAGGCGUGGGUCACCCCGGGGUCGAAACGGGGCGCCAUUUUCAAUGCGAAGGGCCACGCUGUCAUGAUCCUUUGUCUCGGCGCCGAAGUCGUCAUGAAUUUAGUACCUAAACAUGGUUUCUCGGAGAUACCCAUCGAAAGUGCGGAGGACCGCAUGGAGGUUGAUAGCGAACGGAUCUUAACAGUAAUUGUGCCAGACGGCGAUGGCGACCGUAACGCCGCGAAUCAACCUGACCCAGCGAGCCUUACUGCGGGGGAGUCACCUGGAUCGUCAUUGUUGUCAGGUAUUGUGUGGGAUAGCAAGGCAGCCAGAAAAUGGAAGGGUACAGGUGGCAAAAAAAGCAAGCAAGCGCCGUUAGAACUCUCCGUGACCUUAGUUCACGGUGAUGCUGUCAUUCUCGAGGGAGAUGACUUUGAGUACCAAAUCAAGCGCAGCGGAACUACCAUUCUUCUCAUUGGGUCUUAUGAGUGAUCGGCACGGAUCGGUCGGUGGUCGUCUUGGAAGUUUUAGAUGAAGUCAACCGUUGCAUUGUCAUUAUACGGUAGUCGCUUAUUUUUCGGGUCGUUUAUAACGAGGGAUGAGGUCCUAGGAGGUCAUCGUCGUGCAUCGUCGUGCAUCGUAGUUAGAGCGCUAGAGCGAAUCCGAAAGCAGCAAUCAAAUCUCCCAAACACUAGAAAC